UCUCGGAACCCUAUUCUUCCGCUGCGGCAAACCCUUCUUCCCACUCUCUCUCUCUCUCUCUCUCUCUCUCUCUCUCUCUCUCUAUUUUGAAAUUGUGAUUGGUCUGACAAUGUUCGUUUUUGUUUGAAUUUGAUCCGUCCUGUUGGAUUUAGGUUGGGUUAACAAUGGCUCCUAAAGGGUUUUGCUGAUCUUGAUUGAGGGAACAAGGAGGAUAUUGAGAGAGAGAUAUUAUCUUCUAGGGUUUGGAUUAUCUGAAAGAAAAAAAGGGGGAUGUUGUACAUAAUUGGUCUGGGAUUGGGAGACGAGAAGGACAUUACUCUGAGAGGACUUGAAGCAGUGAAGAGAUGCAACAAAGUCUACUUGGAAGCCUACACUUCUCUCCUCUCUUUUGGCCUCUCCUCCGAUGGUCUCUCCACUCUGGAAACACUUUUUGGAAAGGUGAUUACAAUUGCAGACAGAGAAACAGUAGAGGAAAGAGCUGACGAAAUAUUGUCGGAAGCUCGCGUAUCUGAUGUUGCUUUCCUUGUUGUCGGAGAUCCUUUCGGAGCUACAACACACACUGAUCUAGUUGUUCGAGCGAAGAAAUUGGGGGUGUUUGUCAAGGUGGUGCACAAUGCAUCAGUGAUGACUGCAGUUGGAGUUUGCGGUCUACAGCUCUACCGGUAUGGAGAGACUGUUUCCAUACCAUUCUUUACUGAAACAUGGAAGCCUGACAGUUUUUACGAGAAGAUUCAAAGAAAUUGCAUGCUUGGAUUGCACACUCUAUGCUUGUUAGAUAUACGUGUGAAGGAGCCCUCGUUGGAAUCCUUGUCCAGAGGAAGAAAGCAGUAUGAGCCACCUAGGUAUAUGACAAUAAAGACUGCAAUAGAGCAACUCCUGGAGGUCAAACAAAAUCACACACAACCUGCAUACAGUGAAGACACUAUUUGUGUUGGUUUUGCUCGACUGGGAAGUGAAGAUCAGAUGGUAGUUGCAGGAUCAAUGAAGCAACUGCUCACUGUCGACUUUGGGGCACCACUACAUUGUCUUGUCAUAGUAGGUGAAACUCAUCCUGUGGAAGAAGAGAUGCUGGGUUUUUAUACACUUGGAGGAAAUUAGGAAAGAAUUACACAGUUUUUGUCUUCAUAAAUUUAUUGUUGUAUUUUUUCCCGUCAAAAAUUAAAAUUAAAAAAAAAUUAUUGUUGCACCUAAUCAUGAUCUGUUGGCUGUGAUAUCUUUGAUCUACUUUUAGUUUAGGAAGUUGAAACCUUAUUGUGGAUAUCUGCUGUCCUUUUUAUGGCCUAAAAUUAUAUUCAAAUGAAUGAAAGCAGUUUUAGAUCUUGAACCA